GCAUUUCACUUCAAUUAGUGUUGCUGCAAAACUGGAAUGAACUGAAUGUCUUUGAAUUCUCUUUCGUUCGCUUAGAAAUGCAAGUUGAAACCAAAGUCCCCGGCUGGUAUACCCGGUCCGGACUGCCAUUGGUCCGAAUGGUUUGGCCCGUUUUUAAACUCCAGCGCGGAUGUUGUUUUAUCGUCCGCCUCAAACAUCCCAAGUUAAAUCCCAUGUUGACGUUACACCUCAACCUCUGACUUCCCCUUAAAUGCAUAAGUGUAAUUUCCAUGGUUUGAUUGUUGAUUAGAUCCAUUCCUCUGAAAGCCAGUGUUUGAGCCUGUUGCAGCCGCGAUGCCGAAUCACAGAGAGGAACAGGCAGACGAGCCCACGGACGUCCCCCGCCUGGAGGAGCUCGAGUCCCCGCCAGGCAGCCCACCCCAGAACGUCUCCAUGUCCCAUCUGAUGGAAUUACAGAAUUGCGUUUCAAACCUCAGCCUCGCACACGAAAUCGUUGUCAACCAAGACUUCCGUUUCAAAUCCUCCAGCCCGCCCAAGGACAGUCUGGAGGGCCGGGUGGCGGAGAUGGUGCACCGGGCCUUCUGGGACGUCCUGCGGGAGCAGCUGGAGAGCAGCCCGCCCGACCACCGCCAGGCCGUCCCGCUGCUCCGAGAGGUGAAGACGGUGAGUCCCGCCUGGUCCUCAGCACUCACACCUCAGUGUCAUGAAGCGUCUCUCCCACACGCCUCCUGCGUUAAAUGCAUGUUACCCGUGUCUCUCUCUAGGGAGGCCGACCUGAAGGGGGCGCUGCAGGCCGUGGGGGAGCAGGUGCUGGUCCUGGUGGCCCCGGCCCUGGAGGCCCUGGACGGGCCCCCGCUGUCCCAGCAGGGCCAGGACGCGCUGAGGGGCCAGAUAGCAGACCUCUGGAGACCAUCCAACCCCAUCCGGACCCUCAUAGGGGAGCGCGUUCAGUGUUUCCUGCGGGCGACGCUGGAGGCCGGCCCCCCGGCAGGAAGGCCCCGGCGCCCCCCCCGCCCCCCCGCCGUCCUGGGCGCCCAGGGGCGCGAGCUGGAGGAGCUGGGGGCCAGCUUCAGCCGGCUGGUCCACUUCAACCGGUCGGUGUUCGGCCCCCGCUACGCCCCCGUCCUCAGGGGGCUGCUGUUCCCCCCCGGGGGGGGGGAGGAGGGCGGGGAGGUGGGGCGCUAGACCGGGAGGGGGCAGACCCUUGGGGGGGGG